AUGAAUCAAUUAAAUCAGGUAGCUGAUGCGGAGAAUUACGGAUAUAAUUCACAACAGCCAAGGAGAUACGUCAAAACCGCUUCCUAUAGUGAGCUUUAUUACGAUUUGGAGAAAAUCAAGAGGUUCGAGGAUGGAUACGAAAUAGUAGAAUUAAAUGAUGCAAUGCAUCUAGGCAAGUCUUCCUAAUUGCACACAUUUUAAUCUACUAAAUGGAUGGAGUACCUGUCCGAACUCGAGAUCGAGUUAAAAGCAAUUCUCUACGAAAGAGCACUCAUCGUCCCUGACCUAAACCAAUAUGUCAACAAGCGUCUCCAGCCGAUGAUAGAAGCCCUUCUCGAUAAAGUUUUGAUUGAGAUCAGCAGAUUAAAGAUCUAGUGUUACAUCAAUGAGAUCCUUUUCCUCAUUCAAAGAGUGUGUCUCAAGCUCUGGAAGGAACAGCCUCAGAUUUCCUUGACUCUCUUAAAACGACUGCAUUAAAACCAAUCCAAUUCUCUCUACGAUAGUAGAAUUAGAGAUAUAAGUGCGUACAUAGAUGCAUUGAAUGACUUCUACGGCGAGCGAUUGCAAAAUGGAGUAAGUUCUGAGGCUGAGGGCUAUGACAAUAGCUAUUUCACAGAACCCUACAAUUCCAAGACCUUCUAUCCUCUCAGGGGCGAAAUCUUGGAUUACAACAAAAUGAGUCAGGAUGUGUUCACCUUCUCUCCAUUCCAAAGAUUGCAAAUUCAUUACUUCUACAAGAAUGGGGGUUUUGCUCUCUUGGAUGAUGCCAUUAGGAAUUUCAAUCUAAAUAAUCUGGACAUCUUAUCGCUCUUCCACUAUCUCAAUUUCUAUUUAGAUAAGUAGAAAUACUUGAAUUACUUCCAUCAUUUGGAGUUCCAGAAUCUGGCAUUCAAAUUAACAGAAGAGGAAAUCAAGAAUACUAAUAGAGACACCAUCAAAAAGUUGACUGAUGGGAUCGAGAACAUGUUUGAUCAAUUUAACAACUCUGCCUAGAAGAAAGAGUUGAGUGCCUUGGCUGAAAUGAGUGUGUACUUGCAAUGUUUCCGUUGCACAGCCUUGGAGAAGAGAAUCUAUGGAUUGCAACAGUUUUGCGAUAAAAUCAAUACUGCUCAGUCAAAUGAAUAUAUGGGUCAGCAGCAAUAUGGUACAAAUGACGAAUGGUAUAAGAACGACAACGUACUCAAAUAUAUGGUAGAUAAUCAAGUAUUCUAAGAGUUAUUUGGAGAGAAAGCUCACUUUGAAUUGAUUAAGAGAAGUUUCCCAAUCAUUCAAUUUCUAUAUUUGCAUAACAAACUAAGCAAGGAUGACAUCUUGAGCAUUCUCAGAUUAGGAAAGGGCAAACACGAAACUUGGGAUAAUAUGAUCUCCAAAUUACUCACAGAUCUAGCAGAAAUCUUAUAAUUAGAAGAUGUAGAAACCAUGAUUCAAAAUAUCUAGUAGAGUCAGAUAGAUUAAAAUGGACUCAAUUUCAUCAAAAGUCUGGGGAGAAACAAAUAUCUGAGAUAGGAUCCAGAGAAUUAGAAUAAAGGAAUCGGAAAUAAUAAUGAGAAAUUUGGAAAGCCAAAUGAGAGAGUAGGUGGAAAGAGGAAGUAUUAACAAUAUGAAACUGACAGUAAAGAAAUAGAAUCAUUUAAUUGUUAAAUGCAGUAUCCAAAAAUGGGAUAAUUUAAUGAUGAAACUGAAACUAAGGAAAUAGAAUAAUAUAAAAAUGAAAAUAUACAGUAAUUUGAUAAUGAGAAAGCUAUCAAAUUGAAAUCCCAAAUUGUAGAAUUCUUGUUGAACAUCGUUCAUGAAUAACCAAAAAGUGAAAUUGGUCAGUCAGCCUUCACAAUAGCUAUCAAUUUGAUUUGUCAUCAAUUCAAAGCACUCAGAUAGUAGUAUUUAUUGCAUGGAUUCUCAAAUUUGAUUGCUCAAGAGUAACCAUUGCCAGUGUGUAAUUACAUCACUGUAUUAUAAAAGAUCAUUUCAUCAUCCUAUCCUUUGGAUGAAUUUACUAACUCUAAAGAUGUGUUGAAAUGGAUCUAAGAUAAAUAUGAUAUUAAAUUGAACUUCUUGAGAGUGAUGGGAAGAGAAAAGUUGAAAUUGCUUAAAAGGGAAAGCAAGGAUUACUUAUAAACAAUUGAUCAGUUGGUUAAAUUUUAUCAAUUUCUUCAUUAAGAUUCGAAAAUCACAAAACCUUAACUGAUUUUAUUGUGGAAAUUAUUGGUCGAAAAUGCAAGAUGUGCAGAGGAGAGAGAUCUCUUUUUCAAUUGGGUAGGAGAUGUCAAUAAGAAGUUCUUAGAUCAAGAAGCCAUAGAGUUUUUGUUCAUUUCAACAAUCAAGUGUGCAUCUCUAAGUUAAUCAAUGUUGUAGUGUUUGACGAAUGUGAUUCUCUAUUUCAAUGUUCAAUAUAAGGUAAUGAAGUUGCAGUAUGAUCAAUAUACAAUUGUGGAUGCCGACAUUAUUGGGUUGUAAGCAUUAUGGAAGAUCUUCAAGCAGCAAGAGAAUUUGGGCCCUAAAUUAUAGGAAUUCUUCAUAAGACUAUUGAGAUUCAAACAAUCAUAGACUAUUUUAAAUCAAUUGAAAUAGCAAUACUUAGUGCAAUUGUUCAAUUAAAUUAACAACCCCAAUUCUCUAUCAUUCAUAAUCAAAUUAUUAGAGGAGUUUGAAGGGUAUCAAUUGGCUGAAUAGGGGGAGAAGGUAUUUGUGACCAUUGAUAAUAAAUACAUGAAUGCCAUGCCUCCUAAGAGAUAGGACAUUCAAUUGCUGAGUGGAUUGUCUGUAUUAUAAGCCAAACAGAUAAUUGGAUAGAAAUUGAACCCUUCUUUGAAACCAGACGAAUUCGACAUCUUUUGUAGAGGAAUUCUAUUUGAUGACAACAAAUCGCUCAAAGAUUAUAAGGUGAACUAGAAAUUGACUUUUGUAAUAUCAAAGCGAGAACACUUGACAGAUGAAGUCACUGCCUAUAAUAGUACAACCAAUUAGAUCGCUAAUGAAUACGUGCCAAAUGAUUCAGAUGAGAGAGUGCAAGAGAUUAUAAAUAUAGUGUAAAUACAAGACAGAGAUUUCAUAGUUUCUGUGUUGAAGGAAAAGAAUUGGCAAGUAGACAAUGCUAUUUGCGAUAUUUUGGAUCGUGGAGAACAAUUGCUUUAGGAAUACUAGUAGAAGAAUCCGCAGGUUAAGAAAUAAUAGAAGCCUGCGAUGAAACAAUAAAUCGAUGAGAUUUCAUUUGCAUCAUUAAUCUCGAAUAAUUAUGUUGAUUAGUUAUUCAUACUACUUAAUGAAGGGGAUCCUGAGUAGAACACUAAGAUUUGGUCUAUCUUGCAAAUGAUUCCCAGGAAUAAAGAAGUCUACGAGUUGAUUGAGUAAUCAUAAAAGGAUUGGUUUAAUCUCUUGAUGGUAGACAACAGAUACAAAUUAUAGUAUCACUUGUAAAUACUAAAGGAACAAUUGCAAUGCGAUUUCAUUGAAGAUUAAGAUGAGUAUGAAAAGAGAAAGGCAUUAAGAGAGAACUUCCUCCUUUAUGGUGGUUUGAAGUUACUGCUAUUUCAAUUGGAAAACUCGAUUGAAAUUUUGAUCAUCAUUUUGGAUAUAUUCUAAAUUUACUUCUAAGCAUACUCAAUGAGUAGAUUGAUGUAGAAUUAGAAUGAAUUCCUUUAACUCUUAAAAUUGAAGCAAGCUGUGCAAUAGAAGGAUGAAGAUCCUAAACUAAGUAGUUUAUUGAGUAUUCAACUAUAGAAGUAAGAGAAACCCAACAUCUAAGGAUUUGAUGAAGCCCAUCUUCUCUAACAAUUGUUCUAUAAUUGCGAAUUAGAAGUAGAGUGGAAAGUACUGUUAGAAACCCUGAUCCACAAUAUUGGAGUUGAAUAGAUAUACACCAACAUCCUAUGUAUCCUAUAUAUGAGACCCGAAUUGCUGGAAGUUGAAUUGCCCAUCAAAAGGUUGGUUGAAUUGCUUACUAGUCCAAAUGAGGAACAGCGAAAGAUGACAGCCUAUUUCAUCCUAACUCUUCAAGAUAUUGGUAAGAGAAACGGUGUGAAUCUCAGCAAUGAUAUUCUGAAGGCCUUAAUUAAGGGAGAAACCUAACACGAUGAAUUGUAUCUGGUGAUUGCUGGAUUGAUUGGGUAGGUGAAUGAUCUGACCUUCUUUGAUACUCAUCAAUUGGCUUAAUAGAUUAUUUCAUUGAUUUCAAAUAGGGAAAUUAUUGAGUAGAGAUUCACUGAAAAUGAGGAUAAGCUAUUGUAAGGCAAUUUGUUACUAUUGACUUCUUUGGUGUAGGUUGACAAAAACAUCAAGGUGAGCACGGAAUUUACAAAAUACUUAUACAAAUGUUUGUUUGAUAUGAAUAAUGAUUACUACCAAUAUCCUGUUUAUAAAAGAAAACUAACAAGAAAGAGAGUAUUCUAAUUACUAUUGGAAUUGUGUACAGAUGAGAAUCAUCUCCAGUUGAUAUUGCUUCUGAUUCAAAACAAUCACAAAUUGAAGUUUGAUGUCAAUGAGGUAGAAUUGGAUUUGGGAGUUAAAGGUUCACAUGGUUUCGUAGGAUUACGCAAUCUGGGAGCUACUUGCUACAUUAAUUCCCUGCUACAAUAAUUCUAUAUGAAUGUACCCUUCCGGAAAGGAAUCUUAAAUGGGCAGAUCAUGAUCACUGAGAUGAAGGCUCCUCUCAUCUUUGACAAAAUCAGUGCGAUUGACUCCCCUAUUUUGCAACGAAAAUUAGCAGAUCAUACUUUACACCAAUUGCAAUUAUUGUUCAUUGAACUCCAAGAAUCUGUGAAGUAGUAUACCAAUCCACAUCAAUUAAUCAAGACUUUGAAGGGAUACGACGGGGAAGUCAUCAAUGUUCUUAUUCAAUAGGAUUGCAAUGAAUUCUUUAACCUAAUUACUGAUAAAUUAGAACAAGAUUAGAAAUUCACCAAUUAAUCCAAUUUAAUACAUUAAAUUUUAGGUGGUACCUUAGUAAAUGAAAUUAAAUCACUAGAGCCAGAGUAUGAUUUUAGGAGGGAAAAUGAAGAACCAUUCCUGACUGUCUCAGUGGAUAUCAAAAAUAAGAAAUGUCUUGAGGAAGCAUUAGAUUUGUUUGUUAAGGGGGAUGUUCUUGAUGGCGAGAAUAAGUACUUAUGUGAAGAGGUCUAGAGAAAGAUUGAUGUCUAAAAGAGAUAAUACCUUAAGAAACUACCCAAUACAUUCAUCUUCCAUUUAAAGCGAUUUGAAUUUGAUUACAAUACAAUGUUGAGGAUUAAGAUCAACGAUUACUUUGAAUUCCCUCAGGAGAUCAAUAUGUUUAAGUGGACACGCGAUCACAUUGUAGAGAAUUUGGAAGUUGAAGAUUAGAGUGAUUACAUGUACAUCCUCAAAGGAGUUUUGGUUCACGUUGGUAGUGCAGAAGGAGGACAUUACUAUUCAUUUAUUAGAGAUGUCGAUAAGUGGUAUGAGUUUAAUGAUAAGGUGAUUUGUCCAUUUAAGAUUGAGAAUCUCAAAACUGAAUGCUUUGGAGGGGCCAAUAACAACCUUUCAGAAUGGGGGAUGAAUAAUAGUAAGAAUGCAUACAUCUUAUUCUAUGAGAAGGUUAAGCAUAACAUUCCUGAACAACUAUACAUGAAAGGUCCGAAUGAGGAACUCUUGACUCAAUAAGUAAUUAAUGAGAACACUGAAUAUUUGAAGAAUCAGUUAUUUUGUACUUAAGAUUAUUUGAAGUUCAUCCAAAAUUUUGUGUAGGCCUUGUAGAUCAAGACUCCUUAUAAAGUGACUCAAUUAUUAUCUAAAGAAAGCAAUUUAGGUGAAUUGGACAGCCUUCCUUCAUUUAGAAUAAUUAAACUAUUCACUUUCUUUACUUAUGAAAUUUUACUAAGGAACAAAGAUCAAUAGAUGUUUUAAUAUAACAUCUAGUUAUUGAGUGACUUGUACAAAUAAGAACCAGCUGCCAAUUUCUGGUUUUUAGAUUUAUUACGAAAUCACAAGUAAUUGAUCAUUGAUUUAUUGAUUGAAUCAUCUUAUCCAGAUGUUAGAAACGCCUUUGCAUAAUUGAUCAUCCAAUCGAUCACCAUAAUUGUUGAGCAUGAACAAUACUACUUAUUUGAAGACUCAUGCAUAGCCCGAUUCCUUCAGUUCUACAUACAAUAACUCUUAGGAAUAGUGAAGAAUACCCUUAGAAGAGGAACAGAGUACUUCUAAGUCAUCAAAUACAUUUUGGUGCACAACCAACAUUUGGUGAAACACUUCUAUCAACAAGAAUACUUCAAAUAGGUUUACUCGUUAUUAUAGGACUAAGUUUCAGCAGUGCAGACGGGUACAUCAUUUAAGUUGAUGUAAUUGUAAACGAACAACACUGACUAGCCAUUGAUGGUGAUCUGCGAUAUUAUUGCUAAAGUGAUAAUGAGUUGCAGGACUUAGAAGAUGAUUGAUUUGAAGGAGGAUGCUCCAACCUACUUAUUCAAAGGACAGAAGGAAAUGGAUAUUGAUUAGUACUGGUUGUAGAGAUUGUUGGAGAGUGAUGAUUUCAAGAAGUACAUCUUGGCCAUGAUUCAAUUCCAGUCCAAUUUGAUUGAUAUGAUCAAACACAUUUGUUGGAAGGAUGACAUCACCAGUUAUCAUAUUAUGACUUUGAUAGUGUCCCAAAUGUUAGACUAUUAUUCAGAUUGGCAAUAUUUGGAUCCACUUUCCUAGACUAUCGAAUAAUUGCUUAAAAUGAAUGAUGGAUAUGUGGAAAUCCGUCUGCAAGCUCUCUUAUGUGAACCCUUUAAGAUAUCAUCCACCUCAUCCUGUGUUAAGGGCACUUCAAUACUGAAUGCCAUUCGAUCACAAUAUGACAUGGACAAGAAUUACAGUUUUUGUAUGAUAGCAAUACUUGCGAAUUUGGCAACUCAAGUCAACUAUGUUGGGGAAUACUUCAAGAAUAACAGGGAUCAAUUCGAAUACUUGCUUUAGAAGGCUAGAGAUCACAAGAACAUCAUGUAUGGAUUGUACUUCCCAACCAUGAAGAUCUAGAGGUCGAUUCAAUAGUUAUCGGCAAUAUUUGAAGAGGCUGAAAAACCAACAAUUCAGAUCUGCAUUCCAAAGUAAAAUUAGACAGUUCAAGAGGAGCCUGAACCUGAAGACUCCGAUAUUCAGGUGACUCAUCUGAUCGAGCAAAAUAAGACCAAUUAUACUUAGACUAAAGAGGACUCGAUGGACAAUAACGAUCCAUCGGAUAGAGAGAAUCCAGCUGAUCAAUUAUCAGAAUGA